AUGAAUGGCACAAAUAGCUACGAUUCCCAGCAAAAUGACAAAAGAUACGUUACGCAACGACGUACCGUCGAUAUGAGCUCACCUUAUGAUAGAUUGUACCAUUUAAAGAAACAUGGGCUACCCAUUCCCUUCAUUGAGCCUGAAACAAGUUAUACAACCAACAUUUUACCUGCUGAUGCGUAUUUGCACAAUAGACGAGUGAUAAAUACGCCGACCAAAUUCACACAUCUGAGCUCGAACAAGGUAAAGCAUGUCAUUCCAGCUCUGGAAUGGACUCCAGAGGGUCGGAGGUUAGUUGUUGCGACUUAUAGCGGGGAAUUCUCGCUUUGGAAUGGGUCAACUUUUAAUUUCGAGAGUAUCAUGCAGGCCCACGACAGUGCCGUGGCUGUCAUGAAAUACUCACACGCAGGUGACUGGCUCAUAAGUGGUGACUCUAAUGGUACGAUCAAGAUCUGGCAGCCAAACUUCAACAUGGUCAAAGUGCUGGACGAAGCCCAUACGCAAUGCAUAAGAGGUAUCUCGUUCAGUGGCACGGAUUCUAAGUUUGUAACUUGUUCUGACGACAACAUUUUGAAAAUUUGGAAUUUCAGUAAUGGGCAACAGGAAAGCACGCUUUCCGGUCAUCAUUGGGACGUACGCAGUUGUGAUUGGCACCCGACGAUGGGUCUAAUCGCAUCUGGAUCUAAGGAUAAUUUGAUCAAACUAUGGGACCCCAGAUCGGGUCAAUGCAUCAGCACGAUUCUGGGUUGCAAGCAUACAAUUAUCAGUACUAAGUUCCAGCCUACCAAGGGCAACAUGCUGGCCGUGAUUUCCAAGGACAAAAGUUGUAGAGUAUUUGAUAUCCGUCAAAAUAUGAAAGAGUUGGCUGUUUACAAGGACGAGUCCGAUUACAUGUCUCUGACGUGGCACCCUAUCAAUGAAUCAAUUUUCACCGUAGGUUGCUAUGACGGAUCGAUGAAGCAUUUUGAUCUACUUCAAGAACCGCAAGAUCCGUCUUCGGGCUAUUACCAUAACAUUCCAUAUGCUCAUGACAAGUGUAUCACGUCUCUGUCCUACAACCCCGUUGGCCAUAUACUUGCAAGUGCUUCAAAAGAUAGAACAAUACGAUUCUGGACCAGGGCAAGGCCAACCGAUCCCAAUGCCUUCGAUGAUCCUACCUACAACAACAGAAAAGUCAAUGCUUGGUAUUUCGGUAUCAAUAAUAAUAUCAAUGCUAUCAGGCCCAAAACUGAAGAUGGUAUAGCAUUGCCCCCAGCAGGUAACGAGUUUGGAAGCUCCAUGAAUAAUAACAAUGCUUACAUAGGGCAGAGGGUUCAAUCACCGGCUUCUUCGGGUCUGCCGGGAUUGAACUUUUGA